AUGGAGCAGCAGUUCGAUGUGUUGCAGACGCUUGGCAGGGGCAGCUUCGGGGUGGUGAGAAAGGUACGGCGGAAGGCCGACGGCAAGACGCUGGUGGUCAAGGAGAUGGACUACGGCGCGGCGGACGAGAAGCAGAAAGAGCAGAUCGUGGCCGAGGUGAAUAUUUUGCGCGAGCUGCGGCACCCGUUCAUCGUGCGCUACUACGACCGCAUCGUGGAUCGGAGGAGGACUCGGUUGCACAUCGUCAUGGAGCACUGCAGCACCGAUCUAGCCAGGGUCAUCAAGACGAGGAGGCUCAGGGGGGAGUACUUGGACGAGUCGUUCCUGUGGAACCUCAUGUGCCAGGUGGUGGUGGCUCUCGAGUUUUGCCACGGCCGAAUGGGGAAGGAAGGGUCGAGGAGGCCGAUCAUCCACCGCGACCUCAAGCCCGACAACGUCUUCCUCACCAGCGACAACGUUGUCAAGUUGGGAGAUUUCGGGCUGGCGAAGGAGCUGAGCGGCGCGCAGCUAGCGGAGACCAGCGUGGGCACGCCGUACUACAUGUCCCCCGAGCUGAUCAACGAGCAGCGCUACGACGAGCGCACCGAUGUCUGGUCUCUCGGCUGCUUGAUGUACGAGGCAGCGGCACUCACGCGCCCUUUUGAUGCGCACAACCAGCUGGCCCUGGCGAUGAAAAUCAACACCAGCAAGGUGGCGCCGAUCCCUUCUCGCUAUUCCCCCGACCUGUUCGCCACCAUCGAGUGGAUGCUCAGCAAGACGCGGCACAAGCGGCCUCGGAUGGAGGACCUCGCCAAGGUGCCGGGGCUGCAGCUCCCCCUCCGAGAAAACCGCCUCCUCGUACAGGAGUUCCAGCUCGAACAAAGCUAUCUUCGCCGCCUGCGGACCCUAAAGUCGCGAGAGGUGGACAUCGAGCGGCGGGAGGCCGAGCUAGCCACGGGCGAGGCUAAGCUCCGGUACCGCUCGGAGCGGGCCCUGGCCGCCCUUAACUCCCAGCGGGAGAGCCGGAAGGAGCAGGAGCAGGAGGGCGAUAAGCGCACCGUCGCAGGCGGUGGUGGACAUCCCGGCUGUUGUUUCUGUUUCCCCCGGGGGUCUUCUCUGCCGGCGGCGGGGGUUGGAGCGGCGAACGGCCACGAGGCGAGGGAGGCGGUGGCGGAAAGAGGUGCCGCCGCGGGGGAGCAGCGGAAGACACCCCGUCGGGAAAGGGAGUGUCGCGGGGUGGCGGGAGAGGACGUGACGAUGCUGCUGCGACGGAGAAGAAGGGGGGCUGAUGCUGAUGCUGAUGCUGAAGGAUCUGCUGCGCCGGGGAGUGGUGGUUCCGAUAGCAGCCGGCGAGGGGAGGAAAUUGCAAAGCCAGAGUGCUACGCUUCGCCAACGAGCGGCGAUAAGUCAGACCUCCGGACGCCUAACGCCGCGGACGCUACCACUGCCGUGCUGGACUACGCGUCGUUGGUCCUACACAGAGAGACCUCUCGCCACGUCUCCCCUAUCGCACACAGGAGCAGCAGCGGUAGCACCGACGCCGACAGCGGCGAGAGGGUGGUCGCCAGGGAGCAGGCCGAGAGCGCCGUCAGCAGGGAGCGAGCGAGUGAAUGCGGCGGUGGCGGCGGCCGCGGAGACCCCAAAAGUACAGUAAAAACGGCAGAUGAUGAUGAUGAUGAUGAUGAUGAUGCCGUCGGCACGACCGCCGUCGUUUCGCCCCCUCGCUCGUCCUCCUGCCUGGACGAAACCGUCCCGAUGGGUUCGCACGAGGGCGGGACCUUCGCCGCCCCGCCGUGCGUGUUGGCGGCGGGAGCGGCGCCGCCGCCGCCGCCGCGCAGGCAGCAGCCGCGCAAUCGGUACCGCUACAACCGCCACGACGACGACGAGGACCGCGCGUCUUCGCCGGCCGGUGAGGGGCGGCGGCGGCGGGCGAGAGGCGGCUGGGACGACAACGGGGGGGAGUUGCGUUCUACGAGGACGGAGGCGGUGAUGGCUGCCGGGAGGAAGGCCAGGGAGUCCUACGCAGGCUUCAUGGAGACGAUAGCGGCGGCGCGAGAUCUCGGCACCUGGGCAGCCCCCGUGCCACCACCACCGCCACCGCCACCGCCACCGCAGCAGCGGCGCGACCACGGCGUCAACAACAAGCACAACAAGGAGAACGCCUACGCCUCCUCCCCCGGCGCCGCCGCCGCCGCCGCAACCGCGGCUGCGGAGUAUUCGCAAAACACGCCGCUUGCGGAACUCCCGAACGGCCGCGCCGCCGGGGCACCGCACAUCAGCAGUUUGAUGGCGUGGGUGUCGGCACGGGCACGGCCGGCAGGCGAGGGAGGGGUUACCGGAGGAGCGCUAGCAGCGAAGUCGCUGCGCCGGCGGGAAUUUAUGGGGGCGGCGGCGCCUUUGUCGCGACACCGCCGCCUGCCGGGGAAAGGACGGCCGCCGUGCCGCCGGCUUCGGGGGCCGGAGUUGGCGCCGCAGUCGCCGUUAGCGGAGGCGUGCGGCGACCGGGGGUAG